AUGACGGAUUAUACAAUCCAGUGUGUGAAAGAUGUAUCGCUGGAGGUUACCCGUGACGAUGGAGACAUCUCCCACACUAGGCUUCAAACCGAUCUGGUGUUGCGCAAGGAGGUGGGUAACGCGCGUCUUGUUAGUGGUGACUCUAUGAUUUGGGUUGGCAAGAGUUUAUUGUAUCAUAAAGACUCUACACUAGACUCAGUUCCCACACGCACUGUGCACGUGGAGAAUGGCAAACGACGCUUCGUGUUUACCAUUCCUCUGGAUGCCGCAGGGAAAAUUUUUUUUUUUGAGCUUAAGCGUCAAGUAGAUGGUGUGGACAUUCAAAAGAAAAAGCGCAAGAUCCGUAAACAGCUGAGUCAAUCCAAGGGCUUUACGCCUACUAACACGUUUAUGAGCCCUAAGAAAAACAUGUCGCCACUUGUUACGAGUCCACAUCAGAAUCCGACGAUGGCUCUUAAACGCAGUCCCUUGACAGAAAUCGGAUCACCUCGGUUGCUAUCUCCAUUGCCAAUAAUUGAAAAAGGAUUAAGCUCUUCGUUGACUUCACCGUUGAGAUCACCUUUCCGAUCUCCGUUUCGCAAAAAACCGCGACUUCCACAAAGUCCAUCGAGCUGUGGGAAAGCGAAAAGUGGAAAUAUAAAAUCACCACUGCGAUCCCCAGCUCGAGAAUGGCUAAGCCCUGUUCGAUCUCUUAAGCUUCGAAACGGACCGACUCCACCGCAUCUAGAGCAUUACACCAGCCAUACCUCUGAUGUCCAAACUGCGGAAGAUACAAACAAAGAUGGCGGUGAAGCUCGUCGGAAAUCGAUCACUGGAUCAAUAAAUAGGCGUGUUCGCUCACUUCAACUAUUACUGGAUGAUGAGUCGAGUAUCAAGGAGGCUGAGACACAUGCUCAGAAGAAAAUCACUUCGCACUUUUUACAGAUAAGUUCACCUCCAAGCUUCUUAAACAAAACUGCUCGCGAACUGGAUAUGUCGGCAGAACCUUUAUCAGGUGAGUCAGAGCAGUUAGACAACAAGGCAGAAGCAACAAUUUCGAAGGCAUGCGAUUCGUCGGGGAAUGGAAUUAAGCAGAGUACUCAUGGACUACUUAAUUUAGGCAACUAUUGCUACAUGAAUGCAAUUGUACAGGCAUUGGCAGUUCUUCCUGAGUUUGUACGUGCCGUUCGAGACGAGGAUAACAUGCUUAAAGUAAUACGGAAACAUUCACACCCUAGCGUGAAGGGCAUGACGAUAGAACAGAUUAAGAAAAUGUUCGAUGAUUGGCGGACAAGCGGUGACACCAAACAUCUUAUAUUGCAGUAUACCUUAAACCAGAUACUCCAGAGUGUUAUCAACGGCAGCAACACAUCAAUAAACCCGGAGCCGCUCAAAAAUGUGAUGGGAAAAAAAAAUCCCAUCUUUGCAACACACUAUCAGCAAGACGCACACGAAUUUUUGCUUAACCUCGUGACGGAAUUCGAGCAAGAGCUUUUGCAAAUGGUGCAUGAAAUAACCACAAAGAUUCAGGAAGAAGCUAACGUGACUCCGCAAGUGCAGAAGGGCAGUUUAAUGAAAUUGUUCUGCAGUGGUCUGAAAGCGGAAAAAGUUCGGCAUGGUGAAAGAGAAAAGUCAUCUGAAGCAGAUUCGGAUCUCGUGUGCUGUCUUCCACCCGCCAAAUGCUUUCGAGCCGAGUUCAAUCGUACUUUGACCUGUCGGAAUUGUGCAUUUAGUCGCAAACAAGCCGAGACAUUUUACGAUUUCUCUUUGGACUUGCCGUAUCACUCAGAACCCGAACCUAUAGUUGACCAGGAGCCUCAAUCAAAUUUGUCACCCGAACGACAAUGUUAUUGCAAUCUCACUCCUGUCAGAGUAGGAGAGGCCAACACAUGUUAUCAUUGCUGCCCCAAUGCGGCUUGCAGCUAUCGAGAAAAAGUUGUGAAAGCUGUAGAAUUUGCUCGAUCGCCCGUAACAACACCCACGGUGCCACCGUCAAAAUUUUCGGCCGCAUCGCCACCUCAGCCACCACAGAUAAAACUAGAAACACUGAUUGAGAAACAUUUUGAGACCGAGGUUUUGGAGUUAGCUUGUGAGAAGUGCAUAGAGGGGAAGACAGCGGAGUCAGCGUACCAAAUUAAGUCGCUUCCGUCCGUCCUCGUAUUUCACCUCAAACGCUUCGAGGUAAACCCUCAAUCUGGGUCGUUGUUUAAGCGCUGCGAUCCGAUCGUCCCCCCUGCUAUUAUCGACAUGACAAAGUUCUUCAGCUACACCACUAGAACAGAAGGUGAUUCGCGGUAUAUUUUGAAAAGUGUCAUCCACCAUCUUGGUAGAACUAUUGACGAAGGUCACUACGUUGCUGACGUGUGUGAUGCAAACGGUCAGUGGAUUCGUCGAAAUGAUACGCAUGAGUCAAUGAUUUCGGAAGACUACGCACUGCAAGCAUAUCGAAGCCAAGAAUCUUGCUACAUGUUUUUUUACGCUAAAAUGGAGAGCAGCAGCGCUGACAGUGGCAAAGAAAAUGUACCAGUCCGUUUAUCGCAUCAAGACGAGAAUGACGAAGUUUCUUCCCAGCGACUGCAAAAGUCUUCGAGUCGUGGGUUGCGUGCAUUUUUGUGA